CAGGAAACGAGUGGCCACGGGAGCAGCGGGCAGGUCUGAAGCCAGCGACACCAGCAUGAGCCGAGUCCCAUGACUCCCACGCGUCUAGACGAUCUCAACAUGAUUUCCAACAAUGUUAUGUCCUUCGUCAAGAAGAUGGUGAAGAGCGGCUCGGACGAGGACGGCAUGCGGCUGGGCAGCAAGUUUCGCGCCACCGUGGCCGGCCUAAGUCCGCGGGCGUCACGCGCCGACCUCGGCCACUUGACGCCCGAAGAGCGUUCCAUCCUCGCCAGGGUCUGGCAGAAAGAAGACGAGUUCGAGACGCUUGUCAAGAAAUCCCAGACGCCCCCGCUCACGCCGCCCACCUCGCAACCGACGUCGACGGCCACGUCGACGCCGGACAAGACCUGCGACAAGGUGUUUCCAGGGGUCGCGUCGGUCAAGAUCGGCGCCGGGGUGCCCAGCGCCGCGGCCGGGGCCAACAACCCCGCCGCGCCCGCUGCGGCGACCCCUCCUCCACCGCCUCCGUCGAAGCCGUGCCGCAUCUGCCGCAAGGGCAUCCAGGCGGGCGAGCCGUGCCACACGUGCGACGACUGCAAGCAGCUGGUGUGCGACGACUGCGCGUCGUACUCGCGGGACCCCCAGCACGCAGUGUGGCGGUGCUCGUGCUGCCGCCGACGCAUGAGCCACGACAGGCUCGGGCCUCCGCCCGGGUCCGGAAUGCACAGGGUGCCCUCGGUUCGUCGAAUGACGGAGCGAAUCGUACAGGACAGUGGAGGCCUGGGUUGCAGCACGGGCCCCAGGGGCAGCUUCAUGCUCAGCGAGCCCCUCAAGGAGGCGCUACGUCUCGAAAUGCAGAUGCAGGUCGACGGCGGCUGCCUAGCCCCGCCGAGCGCCCGCACCAUCGUUAAGCGUGGCUCGUACGCGGGCCAGACCGAGUGGCAGCGCAACGGCCUGCGCUCCUCGUCUCCCGAGCGACGUCACAGCUACCAGAAGCCCGCGGCUGGUCCCGACCGGGACGCCUCGUCGGACUCUUCGCUCGAGGACGACUACCUGCCCCGGGCGGGCCGCCUGCGCCGCAAGUCGCGCCUGCAGAGACACAAGAGCCGCACAGCGGCAGACGAGGAAGACUCCGAGGGCAAUGAGUGGCGCAGCAACACCUCCUCCUCCUCGGCGCUGGACAGCCUGGAGGCGGACGGCGGCCCGCCUCCCCCGACGCACCCGGCCUCUUCGCACCGGGGCAGCACGGUGAGCGGCGGCCGGCUGGGCGUGCUGACGCGCUACAGCUCGGAGAGCUCGGACGUGAGCGACCUGAGCGGAGGAGGACGCGGGGCCCCGGAGAGCUCGCCGGACGAGCGCCGCAGCAUCCCGAGCGUGACGGUGGACGCCAUCGGGCUGCCGCCCCCGUCGGUGGGCCUCUACGAGGAAGUGCGUCGGUGCUCCACGGGCAGCGCCCUGCCGCGCAUGCCCAUCCCGGAGAACCAGCUGUGCCUGUUUCCCGGCGCCCCCCACGGCACCGGCAGCACUCACUCGCUGGACCUGCCCCGCGAGGAGCUGGGCAAACCCGAGCGGAGGGCAUCGGCUCCCGAGGGGGACAACAUCAAGAUCGUCAUCGACGAUGUCGACUCUCAGGGACCGCCGCCCACGCCGCUGCGCAAGAGGGUCCUCCUGCAGCGGGACCCCGCCGACACGGGAGCGAGGACCCGAGGGUUCGGCAUGCGGGUCAUGGGCGGCAAGAAGGCCCCGGACGGCCACCUGUACGCCGCGGUGGCCUGGGUGCUGGCCGGAUCGUCGGCCGACCUGGCCGGCCUCAAGCAGGGCGACGUCAUCCUCGAGUGGAACGGCACCUCGCUCGUCGACCGCUCGUACGAGGAAGUGUGCGCCAUCCUCGACAAGUCGCCCCACAGCGUCGAGCUGGUCGUCGAGACCGGCAGGAAGAUGAGCAACCGCGAGCUUCGCGCGUCCACGGGCAACAUCCCGUCGCGCAAGUCGUCCACCUGUUCCAUGGGCGGCGGCGAAGGGGCGGCCACUCGCCGCAAGCUGCCGAAGACGCCCGACGAGAUCUGCAACAAGGCCCACGUACAGGGGGAGCUCGGCGUCCGCCUGUGGUACGACGGCACUGACUUGGAGGUUACCGUGCUGGGCGCACGCGGUCUACCUCCACGGCGUUCGUACGUCAAGCUGCGACUGCACGAGCCCGGCUCGGGUCUGAGGGGUCCCGCCAUGAAGACGCCCAUAUCGGAGCCGGUGACCAGUCCGGAGUGGAACAAGACGUUCGUGUUCAGCACGCUCGAGUCGCUGGAGGGCCUGUUCCUGGACCUGACGGUGUGGGACCACCGGCCCGUUGGCACGAACGCCUUUCUGGGGGAGGUGCAGCUACCCCUCGACCGGUCGCCCCUCAGGGACGCCCCCGAAUGGCUGCCGCUGUCCAGGGGCGCCGGCGGAGCGGGACGCAGCCAGUCUCAGGAACUGCCACCCGACGACCUCAUCCGGAGCUCGUCCAUGGACUCGAUGCUGCUGCAUCCUGACGACGCUUGGCAGGGCAACCCGGUUGAACGGAAGUCGUCGGCACCAUCCGUAUACUCUGUCUCACCGGUAGCAGGCGCAAAGAACCGCCAAUUGCUGGCCCAGGACAGCCUGCCAGAGUUGUACGCAUCUUCGCCAACACAAGCUCCGGAACGAGCCAAAAGCGCCAGUUUCAAGGUUCGCCGCAACGUCAAUCUUCCGGACACCGCAGCCAUGGACGAGAGGCGGUCGCUUCCGAGGCGAAAGCUUUCACGGACGGUGAGCCUCAAGUCGGACGAGAGGGUCAACCACGUUCCACACAGCAAAGGCGGAAACGACGGUGGUGACAGCAGCUCCGGCUCGGACCGCUGUCUGCAGGAGGUGGGGCCCGGCCAGAAGAACUCCCGGCGAGACCUGGCUCGCCUCGGAGAGCUCAAGCUGGGCUUCAUCAUGACCAAGGGUCAGCUCGAAGUUGAGGUCGUCUGCGCCCGGGGACUGCCCCUUGGCUCGGGAGGAACGCCACCCGACACGUACGUGAAGACGUACCUGAAGGAGGGCGACCGCCAGAUGCAGAAGCGCAAGACGCGCGUCGUCCGCCACUCGUGCGAGCCGCAGUACCGCCAGACGCUCAAGUACACGGCCGCCGACGUGCUGGGCCGCUCGCUGCUCGUCACCGUGUGGGAACGCGCCCGCGGCUUCGACCACAACCAGCCGCUGGGCGCGGCCCUGGUGCAGCUGGACCGGCUCGAGCUCAGCCGGCUGACGCUCGCCUGGUACGCGCUGCAGACGCCCGCCGGGCCGGCGUCGGCAUCGGGACCGCGCGGCAACGGCGAGGAGGAGGACGACGACGACGACGACUCGCCGUGAAA